CUAGUGACAGUAGAUACCGGAAGUAUGGGGGCCUGUCAGUUGCUCGCUCUGGGAUAGAUGUGAGUACGCAACCCUGUCAUGGGUCGCCUUGACUCUAUCUGCGAUGCAAAACUGCAUGGCAGGAACGAUCAUUCACGCCAUUUUUGUUUACCUGCAUUGACCUGGUGCGCUGUUAGUUGUAUGUGCAUGAUUAUGAUUUUUACCAGCGUAUACUUCUCAAAGUAUUCGCUUUUCGAGUUGGGUCUGCUGCCUCUUUUUAUUCAAAGAGUGAGCCCGGCACCAUUCCACGCUUACUCCAGAAAUCUUGGACUGUUCGAGAAACCAAAAGAUAUCAGAAUCGUUGCGCUAGUACCAUUUCGUAACCAUGAGCGAACGGGUAUCCUGGAUUGCUACCUUCAAGAACCUCAUCGAUAACCAUGGAUUCCUCGACCAAGUAAUAUUUAUCCCGCAGACGAAUAACACGGAAAGUCUAGAAUGGCUCGCGUCUACUGUGAAACGCACUCCUCUCUACCAAGUCUUGGGCUUCGGUGAUUAUAUCCAGUGGGGUGGCAUGGAUGGGAAUGUGAUUUUUAUCAAAAUAGAUGGCGAUAUCAUCUUCUUGGAGGAUCAUACAGUCUCUACAAUCGUUAAAACCAAGCUUGACCACCCUGAUUCCCUAAUAGUCUCAGCAAAUGUUAUUAACCAAGCAGCUCUUCAAGCCCUCCAUAGCCAUCCUGGUGUUGCCCUUCCCUAUCUUCCCGAGCUUUCUUCCUCCGACCAGUCUCGGGCUCCUAUCACCCAGGAUUGGCGGGCCACAGAUCUUCCAACCUGGAAAGGCCCUGCCGAUUUCAAAAUACUAAAGGGAUAUCCCCCUCCCUCUGAGAGCUAUCGCUGGCUUCCGUUGGCGGAUGAGGAUGGGGAUCGAACACCAAUUGGCAUGUCCAUAUAUGGUGACAACGGGCCUGAACUGGAUGACUGGACGGUCCAUGCACAGCAGCACUAUUCGUUCCUGCAACAUCUCGAAGACGGCAAUCUAUAUCGGUAUAAAUUCCCCGUGUGGGUCGAUCCCACUGACAGUGUUAGCCCCAACUUUCUAUGUCUACGAGCAGGCGACCCAAGCAUUGUGAAGUCUAUCAUUCAACAGGACUCAGAUAAGCUAUCCUUAGAGGUCGCACAGAAACUUUUGGGCAGGGACCCAGGCGCUAUAAUCGACGGGAAAGGGCUAGCUGCGCAUUACUCCAUUGAGGCAAGUUUGGGGGGGCUGGAAUCUACUGAUCUCCUCCAUCGGUAUCGAGCGUACGCUGAGGAAAUGGCUGUGCUGGAGUAUAAAUUCAACGUUCUCUGGUGCUUUCCAGGUGCCGCAAGACCUGGCUGUUCAUCAGGCCUUGUAGCGUACUUUUGGCCGAUUCUGAAAGUUGAAUAG